AUGUUUGAGUCCACUUUGAAAGCGUUUGUAUUUGUCAGAGUACGUUCGAUGCGUUCGCUGAACGAAGCCGCACAUUGGUGUUUCAAGGACAAACAUGCUACGGUGCCCAACUAUUCUUCUGGUGGUCUUCGGACUAUAUCUGUUGCCAGCAGACGUGGACGGGCAGAAAAGAUAUCCCAGUAA